AUGAACCCAAUCUCUCUUUCUCUCUCCUCCUCCUUCACUCUUUCCUCGCACCCAUCUCACUCUUCUCUCAUCGCCUCCUUUAUCUCUCUGAGCAACACCCAGAUCAUCUCCGAUUACGUUAUCCGCCACCACUUCUGCCAUAGAGUAGAGCCGCAAACCACCGCCGCCACUCCUUCCAAGUCCCUACCUUUCCCAGUCGGCCACGGCUUCGACCUCCACAGAUCUGGGUACCCCCUCAUUAUCGGCGGCAUCGAUAUCCCUCAUGAUAGAGGCUACGAGGCUCACUCUGAUGGUAAAUCAAACGACAUAAAUGGGUUUUGA